UUAUGUUACUAAUCUACGUGGCCAUGUCGAGAUUUGCUUGCAAUGUUUAAUUUGUUUCACAUUAUGGUGAUGUUGUGGUGUUUGACACCGACGCGCGGGCUGCGCAGCGUGCCGCAGUACGCGCGGGACGUGUCGGAGCACUGCAAGCGGCGCGAUGCGCUGCCCUCGGUGUUCCUCAGCCGCCAGGUCAUGGACGCCGACGCGCAGGUGCUUCACUUCUCCAGGCUGGACGUGCCUUAUAGCUGUUUUGCUACUGUAAGAACGGAGCCUGGCCAUAGCAUAAUCAUGGUGGUAGAAUUGUCGCCGGGCGACUCGCAGCAAGAGUUAUGUAAUGACGGAUAUCAGCUUGGAGUCUUCGAGUACACUGAAACGUUCGGCGGGUACUGGGGCCCGAUACCCGACGCCGUUCUUAAACAGGACCCGCAAGACCCGGUGUACACUAAGCAGUACACUCUGGCGACUAAGACGACCACGCCUGUCACAACAAGGACUACAGAAAGUACACUUAGUACUACUGAAACGACAUCGCCAACUUCUAGUAGACCUACAGCUGCGACACAGGAUUAUAUCACGAUAGAAGUGCCGUUGGUCAAUCUCUCUGCUACUUUGGUACCUGUAGAAACUCUACAACAAAAACCUUUUGAUGAAGACGAGUUUUUUGAUCAAUUUUAUGAUGUAGUGCCGAGGCCUGGGCAGCCAUACAGGACCAGCAUUUUGCCGUUGGUACAAAUAGCAGUGAAGGAACAGGGAGGCCUGCGGGAAGCCGACGGACAACCCAGAUACGAACUUGAUUACGCCGUGGGACCAUUUACGCCAGAUGAAAGGCUGACGACACCUGCACGGUCAAUGACAUCAAAGCACAUUAAUACAAAUAGAAACAGUAACAGGUGGAAAAAGAAGAAGUUAGCGAACAAGCGCGUGGAACCAAAAACAAACAACUCGCCACGUACGAGAGAACCCGUCGAGUCACGCAAAUUUUUCAGAAAAGAAUACUCACUCCCAACCAUUAACCAUAGGCCAUCCAAAGACGUUAUACUUCCCCAAGAACUAGAAAACAAAUACGAGGACAAUGAAGAAAAGGAACCAAUCAAUCUGGUAGAUGAUGUCAUAAAGUCACUUAACGAAAGUGGGGAUUUGAAACCACAAGAACAAUCCAAUGACAGUGAUAUUAUUACAAUAUUUAAUAAGUGGGAUAAUGGCCACCGAAACUUGAGUGUUUAUUUGGGCCCGUAUCCUAAUGUAACUGAGAUUCCUUUUCGAGGCACAACGGAAAGUGUUUUAAGAAAAACUAAAACACAGGACGUGAUAGAAAACACUAGUAAUAUAUCCUCAAUAUUGUCAUACAAAACAAACUCACACGAGAAAAGGCAAAGCACUGAAAAUCCCAAUGGCACAAUUCAACUUGAAUCCUUAAAGGAAAGAAUUACGAAGUCGACAAUCGAAAAGGACACAGUGCCAUUUUUACCACUUACUGGCGAAAGUGUCGAAACUACCAGCAGUCGAAUAAUUGGAACAGGCAGCAGUCAGAGCUUUGAAACAAGCCUCUCUGAACAACAAGAGAAACGAAGUAGUUUAAGAGCUACACAACCUUUGACAGAUGUUGCCCUAAUUCCUCUUAUCGCUACAGAACGGUCUAUGUCGGGGACGUUGGUUGAUCACGAGUCUUGGGAAAAUGUGGUCCAAUCAGCGCCAGUGAUGGCCGGAUUACUGAACAAACAUGGCUCCGAACUUUUAAAACCACAGAGCAAGCGUAGUGUACGGCGGAGGCGGCACAUCUCGGUGAUCAUGGUGGACGACGCUCGGCCACACCGGCGCCUCACCACGAGCUUGCCGGCGCUGCAGGCGAGCGCGUUCAACGCCAUCAACAUGCACGAAUUCGCGCGACUCAUCGAGCUCCCGGACGACCAGGCACUUAUUCACUUAACUGUUUAUUAUUUUAUGAUCCGAGCUUUAGCUCUGUCACUCACGACUCCGAGCAUAUCUGGACAUUAUCAGCAGUUCAACUACAUCAAAUGCCUGAUGAAUAACCACGUGACGAUAAAAAUGAAUCCCAAAACGAGUAAGCAGUUGUUCGACAUGUGUAGCGCGUACAACGGAACUAAAACCAGAUUCAUGGUCUUGUUCAACUCGUCGAGGGUAAUACUGAGCAUUGAAAACUUUACGAUGGCGCACGUCAUGGUGGCUCUGACGACGGCGCGGCCGCUGGCGCUGCUGGAGCCGCAGUGUAAGCAGGACCUGGUGGAGUGCCAGGUGGAGGGCACCCGUCUCUGCAUCGACAGUACCAACGCGUGCGACGGGAUACCCAACUGUGGAUCCGCAUAUGCGUACGACGAAGACCGCGUGUUAUGCGGCGUGAUCGACCGCCAGCGCAGCGUGUACCUCGCCGCGGCCACCUGCCUGGCCGUGUUGAUCACGAUGCUCUACAUCACACACUACUGGCUGAGGAUAUGCGUACCCAAAGUAGCGGAGGCAUUCUUCGUCUACUACGAUAGCGCCGACAAUGAGUUGUAUUUGGACUCAAUUAUGCGCUCCCCGAUGGAUAAUGAUCGCGACCAAUAUAUGUACAAUAGCGCUCUCUUUGACGAAGAGAAUAUGUUAUACUCUCAUAACACUCGAAAAUCCACAAAUAUUUUCCAGCGCGCGUUUUCUAUUUUCAACAAAAUAAGCUUAUUUAAGCAGCGGCGACCGUCGAAUAAAUUAGAAGAAGUGCAUGGAGCCGGAAGAUCGUUAUCUACAGAAGUGCCUCGGAACAACUCAUUUACUGAGUCCGAACUGCUCAGUAUGAUGAGCGACGGCAGAGAUCAAGAAGUACAAACAGGAGAGAGUCUAGAAAUGGCAUAUUUAAAAGUGUUAAACUCCUUGAAAGAAAAGGAAUCUGACAAGAGACCGACCAAACAACGCCUACCUUCAGUGCAUAAUGUAGUAUUAAGAGAUUUUCUAAAAGCCAAAUUAUCUAGUUCUUUGGAUACGAGUUUAGAUUCACCCGGACCGUCUGGAAGAAGCGCGGUCCUUGCGCCUUCACCCGGUUUAGAAGAAAAAGAAAUUCAUAGCACAUUAUAUGAUCCCGGCACAAGUAGGACUUCAAAGUCAGAAAAAAUAAAAUCUUCGGGUAGUGGAUCAAAACGGGGUAGGAAAUUGAGAUUUAAUGAGCUCGCUACUUUCAUACCCCGGGACGACGAGGAGGGCGACGAUCCUACGGAGACGGAAGAAUUGUCAACGGGAAAACGAUCACAUAAGAAAAAUGAUGAUAAUAGUUCAGAACAUGGAGUUUCAGAUUUCAGAAAUUUCUUUAGAAAGAAGAAAGAUCAUAAAUAAUAACUGUAGUAUCUAGUUGAUUUACAAAUAUACAUACAUAUAAUUAGUACAUACAUCUAUACUGGAAUACAUUACGGUAAUAUUUGAUAGGUACCAUUUAAACACGGUUUUCGUGGUGGCUCAGGGAUUCCAUUAUAUUGAACGUAUGUAGGAAAGAUGGCAAACUGACGCAAGACUUGCACGUCCCGCACCGCUGUUUCCUAAUUAAGAGCAAUUGUGGACCGGAUAGGACACGUGCCAAAAUGUCGUGCCUCUUACGUCAUAGUACAUUUGUAAUAAAAAACACAUUAGCAGAUGAAACUAUUGUCUUUGUGGACAGGCUACUAAAGGUACCUUUACACCGAAAAGUAAAUAAUGUAUAAAA